AUGGAGUCAAUGCACCACAGAGUGUUUGUGGGGCUGAAAUCAGCCAAUCAGAGGAGAGGACUCUGACCUCCUCUUCCUCUUCCUCCUCUUCCUCCUGGUGACUCCACAGCCUGACGAUGCUCAGCAAAGGAAGCUCCUGCUGCUGCUCCUUUGAUGACUACAAGCUGACCACCGAAUGGCUCCAGAACCAGACCCAGCACCGGCCCAAAGUGGCCGUGAUCUGCGGGUCCGGACUCGGCCUGCUGGCUGAAGCCGCCACCGACAAGCAGACCUUCAGGUACCAGGACAUCCCCAACUUCCCUGUCAGCACAGUCCCAGGCCAUGAAGGGUGCCUGGUGUUUGGGACGAUCGAGGAGACGCCCUGUGUCUUCAUGAAGGGACACUUCCACCUGUACGAAGGUUACUCCCUCUGCCAGGUGACCUUCCCAGUUCGGAUCUUCAAGCUGCUGGGUGUGGACUCUGUCCUGGUGACUAACGCCUCGGGGGGGAUCUGUCCGGACUUCAAGGUCGGGGACAUCAUGGUGAUCCGGGAUCACAUCAACCUGCCAGGUUUCGCCGGCCAGCACCCUCUCUGCGGACCCAACGACGAGCGGUUCGGGACGCGGUUUCCCUGCAUGUCGGACGCCUACAGCAAAGAACUGCGGACGCUGGCGCUGGACGUGGCCUCUGACCUCGGCUGCAGCGUCCGCACCGGCGUCUACUGCAUGGUGAGCGGACCCAACUUUGAGACCAUUGCCGAGGCCCGCAUGCUGCUGACGCUGGGCUGCGACUGCGUGGGAAUGUCGAUGGUCCCUGAAGUCACCGUGGCGAAGCACUGCGGACUCAAAGUUCUGGGUUUGACCCUCGUCACCAACAAGGUGUCUCUGGACUACAGCCGUGAGGAAAAGGUGAACCAUGAUGAGGUUCUGGAGAUCUGCAAGAUGAGGGCGGAGCUUCUGCAGAAGCUGGUCUCCACUCUGAUUGGCCGCUGCCAGCAGAACAUCAACACACACUGAGACACACACCUGUAGCUGCUCCUGGUUUCCAGUUGAUUUCUGUCCACAAUAAAAGUGAAGAACCUU